GAAGUUGACACCCAUAAGGGAAGCGGUCUCAAGAUUCCUCGAACCCGAUCGCCUCAAUUUUCACCCAAGUCUUAGCGAUGAUGUCCUCUGCCCCUUCUCCUCUCCCCGUCUUCAACCCACCAUCCUCCACCGCCGCCCCGGGCGCCCCAGUCCCCGCCGCAGCUGCGUCUUCAGGGGCCCCGGUUGCAACCCCGGCCUUCCGCAUCUUCCUCUCCCGCCUUUCCGACUCCAUCCACCGCUCCCUCUCCAACCGCCGCCCUUGGUCGGAGCUCGCCGACCGCUCUGCCUUCUCCCGUCCAGAUUCCCUCGCGGACGCCGCCUCCCGCGUCCGCAAGAACCUCGCCUACUUCCGCGUCAACUACGCGGCUGUCAUCGCAGCCGUCCUCGCCAUCUCCCUCAUCACCAAUCCUUUUUCCCUCCUCGUCCUUCUCUCCCUCCUUGCCGCCUGGUGCCUCCUCCUCCUCUUCCGCCCCUCCGAUCAGCCGCUCGUCAUCAUGGGCCGCACCUUCUCCGACCGCGAGACUCUCGCCGGCCUUGUCCUCAUGACUGUCUUCGUUAUCUUCCUCACCUCCGUCGGGUCGCUUCUGAUCUCAUCCUUGGUCGCCGGUGCGGCCGUCGUCGGUGUACAUGGGGCUUUCCACGUCCCGGACGAUCUAUUCCUCGAUGAACAGGAGACAGGCGCCGCUGGAGGGCUCUUAUCCUUUCUUGGCGGAGCCACGGCGGGCCCCGCCGUCGUCGGUGCUGCCCAUGUGUGAUAUGCCGAUUCGAAGCUCUUGGCUGCGAUGAGGUUCUUUUUAUUGCGUUCUUUUUCUGUAAGUAGGAUUUAUUAAAAAAAAGAAUAUUUCAUCGAUCUGUUCUAGGGUUUCUUCGAGCUAUUACUUUUGGUCUAUAUACAUACAUCAGACUAUAAGUUGUUAAUUUCUUUGGUUAUGAUUGCUUACAGUACUUUGUACCA